AUGGUGUCCAAGACCUGCAUCCUCGUCCUGCUCUUCGUUGCAGCUCUUCUCCAUACUGGGCAUGCUGGUGGCGACCCCGGGCCGUGCGAGCUGGAGGACAUCCGCGUGUCGUCGGUGCUGACGGGGCGGCGGGUCCUGAACGUGCCGCAGCACGAGGUGACGGUGGAGAACCUGUGCUCGUGCCCGCAGAGCGGCGUGGUGAUGUCGUGCAACCUCGGCGAGGUGAAGGCGGUGAUCCUAGACACAACCAAGAUCCAGCUGCUCAACCGGGAGGACGGGCUGUGCCUCAUCAACAGCGGCUGGCCCAUCUUCAACGGCAAGCCCAUCACCUUCACCUACGCCGCCAAGACGCCGCUUGACUUCACCCUCUAUAACGCCUCGCCGGAAUGCCGGGCGUGA